AUGCGUCCAUUGACCGAAGAAGAAACAUCUCUUGUGUUCGCUAAGCUAGCCUCAUUCAUUGGAGAUAAUGUAUCAAUGCUCAUCGACAGAAAUGAUGGAGACUAUUGCUUCAGAAAUCACAAAGAACGAGUGUACUACUGUUCAGAAAAUUUGAUGCGUCAAGCUGCGUGUAUCUCACGCGAGCCACUCCUCUCGUUCGGAACAUGUCUCGGAAAGUUCACCAAAUCGAAGAAGUUUCAUCUCCAAAUCACUGCACUCGAUUAUCUUGCUCCGUAUGCCAAAUUCAAAGUCUGGCUGAAGCCGAAUGCUGAACAACAGUUCCUCUAUGGAAACAACAUUCUCAAGUCCGGAAUCGCAAGAAUGACUGACGGAACACCAACUCAUGCUGGAAUCGUCGUUUAUUCGAUGACAGAUGUUCCGUUGGGGUUCGGAGUCUCUGCAAAAGGAACAUCAGACAGUAAACGCGCUGACCCAACAGCACUCGUUGUUUUGCAUCAGUGUGAUCUCGGAGAGUAUCUCAGAAACGAGAGUCAUCUCAAUUAA